GGGCGGCCGGGAGAGGCCGCGGAGCCCGGGGGUGGGGGGAGACGAAGAAGAAGAAGGCGGCCCGGUGCCGGCCGCUAUGGACCAGUGCGUGACGGUGGAGCGGGAGCUGGAGAAGGUGCUGCAGAAGUUCUCGGGCUACGGGCAGCUCUGCGAGCGGAGCCUGGAGGAGCUCAUCCAGUACGCGGGAGGGCUGCGGCGGGAGAUCCUCCAGACCGAGAAUCAAGAUGGAGACUUGUCAGGGACAAUUUCACUUGUUAUGACACAGUGUUGUAAAAGAAUAAAGGACACAGUUCAAAAACUGGCCUCUGAUCACAAAGACAUUCACAGCAGUGUAUCCCGAGUUGGAAAAGCCAUCGAUAAGAAUUUUGACUCUGACAUCAGCAGCGUGGGGAUAGAUGGGUGCUGGCAGGCUGACAGCCAGCGGAUCCUCAACGAGGUGAUGGUGGAGCACUUCUUCCGGCAGGGCAUGUUGGAUGUGGCCGAGGAACUGUGUCAGGAAUCUGGUCUAUCAAUAGAUCAGAGUCAGAAAGAACCAUUUGUGGAAUUAAAUCGAAUAUUGGAAGCAUUAAAAGUUAGAGUUCUGAGACCUGCAUUAGAGUGGGCGGUAUCCAACAGAGAAAUGCUUAUGGCACAGAAUAGUUCACUGGAGUUCAAACUACACAGAUUAUAUUUCAUUAGUUUAUUGAUGGGUGGAACAGCAAAUCAAAGAGAAGCACUUCAGUAUGCGAAAAACUUCCAGCCAUUUGCCCUAAACCACCAGAAAGAUAUUCAGGUUUUGAUGGGCAGCCUGGUGUAUCUGAGGCAAGGCAUAGAGAACUCGCCGUACGUUCAUCUAUUAGAUGCAAAUCAGUGGGCGGACAUCUGUGACAUCUUCACAAGAGAUGCCUGUGCUCUUCUGGGUCUCUCAGUUGAAUCACCACUCAGUGUUAGUUUUUCAGCAGGUUGUGUAGCAUUACCAGCUCUAAUUAAUAUCAAGGCAGUUAUUGAACAAAGGCAGUGCACAGGUGUUUGGAACCAGAAGGAUGAACUACCGAUUGAGGUGGACCUUGGUAAAAAGUGCUGGUACCAUUCAAUAUUUGCUUGUCCCAUUCUCCGUCAACAAACAACAGAUAAUAAUCCACCUAUGAAAUUAGUCUGUGGUCAUAUUAUAUCAAGAGAUGCUUUGAAUAAAAUGUUUAAUGGCAGCAAAUUAAAAUGCCCCUAUUGUCCAAUGGAACAGAGUCCUGGAGAUGCCAAACAGAUAUUUUUCUGAAGAAAAGCUUCAUUAUGCGGUUUGUAAGUGACACUCUGCAAUUCAGGUGCAUUUGGGGAGAAUUAAAACACACCUGUUCCAUUUUAUGCAGCAGACUGAGGACUCCUAUGUUUGUAUAAGCUAAUGCUACAGAAACUUUGCCAACAUUUAGUAUAUACAUACCAAGUGGAAAUGCUACAGAAAUAUUAUUACCAUAGGGCUUUACUAUACUCUUGGUCUCCAUAUCUGAUCAAGUUACUACACCAGCAGUUGUCAUUCAAUGCAGGUUUUUGUACUCAAUUAUAUGGUGACUUUUUACUUUUUAAAAGCAGAAAUGGAUCCACCCCCAUUUGUUUAAUAUUCCUCCUGCUAUCAUCUAUCAGUAACUGUCACCUUAGAGAAUGUUUGUGGAAAAAGUUUUAUUUCCUGUAAUGUGUACAUAAUUAAAAGUAAAUACUUCAGA